GUGACCUUUAACCCGACUUUUGUCCCUCAGAACGAGACGGAUGAGACUCAGAUCCAGCAGGCGGGCGACGACGUGGUUUUGCCCACAGAACUCGCCAAGAUGAUUGCAGAGGACGGCCAGGAAGAAGCCAGCAAGCAGUCGGUGUUUGGCCAUCUUUCCAACAUCCAGAACGUGGACAUGGACCAGCUGAAGGACAAAGCCCAGGCCACGCUGGAAGACCUCAAAAAGCAGACGGAGAGCUGCAGCCUCAUGUGAUCUGGCCCAGAGGAUCAGAGUUUUACUUGUACACAUACUUCUCAGAGGCAGAGCUGCUGUGCAGGGUGGACAUUGUCUUACUGCUUUAGUGGAGCCGAGCCACAUAAUAAUACAAGUUUUUCUAGCUGCGCAAAGUUAGACACAGUCCCUGCAGGAAAGAUAAUAAAAACAUGGUGUAAUCUGGAGCUAGUCUUGAAGUAAAAAGGGUCAUCAAGUUGAGCGAGUUCAGUUCAAAUUUGUAUUGAAAAUUGCAGCUGUGCAAAGUUAGUUAGACGCCCUGCAGAAAAUCAAAAGGAAAGAUUAUGAUACCUAGAUCUAGUCUGACUGACAGGAAGAUAAUGAAUUCUUACCAUAGCAUCUUUGAGGUAGGCUAGUUCAGUUAGCUUUCCUGUUUGCCUUCAGCUGAGUUAACAAUGUCAUCCUUAUUUUUAUUUAGACUUGCACUGUGAAAGGUAGAUCUUUCUAUCUGUGCAAAGUUAGACACCUGCAGAAAAAAGAAAGAAAAGAUGGUCAAAUAUGGAGCUUGUCCUACGAACAGGAAAGACACUCUUGCUAAGCGUCAUUGAGGUAGGCUAGUUAAGUUAGCUCAGAUAAAUUAGCAAUGUCAUCCUCAUUUUAAUUGAAACCUGCACUCUGAAAGCUAGUUUUUCUAUCUGUGCAAAGUGAGUUAGACGCCCUGCAGAGAAUAAAAAGUAAAGAUUACGAAACCUAGAUCUAGUCUUACCAUAGCGUCUUUGAGGUAGGCUAGUUUUGUUAGCUUUCCUGUUGACCUGCAGCUUGAAACUUGCCCUCAGAAAGACUUACUAUUUGGCUCUUCUCAUUUAGAUUCAUCCAGUGGGAUUAUUUCCACCUUUAGAGCAGCUCCACCUCUGAGAAAUAUUCAUCUACAUAUUAAAUCCUUUACUCCCUGAUUCCCCUAACAGCCCUCACUCCCUGUGCCUCACGUGACCAGUUAUAACACAAUAGGAAUCUGCAGCAGUGUGUGUGUGUGUGUGUGUGUGUGUGUGUGUGUGUGUGUGUGUGUGUGUGUGUGUGUGU